GCUUUGCAGUGACAUGGUGCUUAAUAACUGUUUCUUAUCGAGCAUCUUAUCCUUUCAUGGCUUUGUCUGUAAUUAGAACAAGUCGAUGUCUAGUUAGGCCACUUGAGCCUACACCGUCAGAAACUCUUGAUCUCUCUGUCAUUGAUAGAUUGCCUGUCCUGAGAUGCAAUGCUCGGACGCUGCAUGUUUUCAGAAAUGGCCCUGAAGCAGCAAGAAUUAUAAGAGAGGCCUUGUCAAAGGCUUUGGUCCCUUACUACCCUCUUGCAGGGCGUCUCAAGGAGUCCAGCCAGGGCCAGCUUCAGAUUGAAUGCUCUGGUCAAGGUGUAUGGUUUGUUGAGGCAUCUACUACUAGUAAUCUUGAAUCUGUCAAUUAUUUUGAUAAUGUCACAACAAUCCCCUGUGAUGAACUCCUUCCUGAUUAUGUUCCUGAAACUGACAAAGACAUCGAACCACUUGUCCAAAUGCAGGUUACACAAUUUGCAUCUGGAGGUUUUGUGAUUGGACUUAUAUUCUGCCAUAGUAUAUGCGACGGCCUUGGAGCUGCACAAUUCUUAAACGCAGUUGGGGAGCUAGCUAGAGGUGUUGAGCAGCUUAGCGUUUCCCCAGUUUGGUGUAGGGACUUUGCUCCAACACCACCCCAGCAAGCGAAUGUCACAGCACUGCCAAUACUGCCACCACCAAUGCCAAAUUACAGGUUAGAACAUGCCAAUAUAGACAUUUCAAUUGAUCAAAUUACUCGGCUCAAGAAAGAAUUUCACGAGUCGACGGGGAAAACUUGCUCCACGUUCGAAGUUGUAGCUGCCACAUUUUGGAGACACCGAACGAUUGCAAUAAACCUGAAGCACAACACAAAGAUGAAGCUUGUUUUCUUCGCGAAUUGCCGCCAAGUCCUAGACCCUGCUUUGCCUAAAGGAUUCUACGGGAAUUGUUUCUUCCCAGUGACAAUCACAGUUCAAGCAGAGUCUCUGGCACAAGCAUCAAACAUUGAAGUGAUAAAACUCAUACAAGAAUCAAAAUCUAAGCUGCCAACAGAAUUUGGUAAGUAUCUGAAGGGCGAGUAUUUGAAAGAUGGUGAGGACCCAUUUGCACCGCCGCUAAUCUACAGCACAUUGUUCAUAUCAGAAUGGGGUAGAUUGGGAUUCAAUCAGGUGGAUUAUGGAUGGGGUCCUCCAGUGCAUAUUGUUCCAAUACAGGGCUCUAGCAUCAUACCUGUAGGUAUUGUAGGAUCGUUGCCACUGCCGGAGAAAGGCAUCCGUUUGAUGACUUGGUGCGUUGAGGAGGUCCAUCGCCAGCACUUCAUUGAUCAGAUGACGAAAGCUACUUGAGUCUUCAUGUUCAAUUCCCAAAAAAACUGUGGAAAUAAAAAACUUGGAAAUUAACUUGAUUCCUUCUCCAAGAUAACCAUAUGGUUAAGCUUACUCCGUGAUUGCAAGCAAUAAUAAGCAUGGAAUUUGUUUGAUUUUAUAAAAAAAAAAAGAAAAAAAAAACUCAGGAAAAUGUAAAUUUUUAUUUACAUAAGUUUAUUGAUGAAAAUGUAAUAAUUUUUCAUCCGUACAUUUUGCGGGUGCUGCGAGUCUGUGACUAUGAAGACAGAAGUAUGGGU